CACAAGUAAGCAUUAUACUUGAGUCUUUAACUCCUGCCUUUUCUGCAUUCACAACAAAUUAUGUCAUGAACAAAUUGGAUUUUAACAUGACACAAUUGCUGAAUGAAUUACAAACUUUUGAGUCUUUGAAUAAGACCAUCUCAAGUCAGGCUGAAGCAAAACCAUCUUCUUCAAAGAAGAAAAGAAAAGGAAAUAACAAUGACAGCAAACCUAAAAAGGACAAUCCGAAAAAGGCAAAGAAGUCAUCCAAGGCGCCCGAGAACAAAAAGAACAAUGACCCCAAACAAAAGGCACCCAAAGGAAAGUAUUUCCAAUGUAAUGUCGAUGGUCAUUGGAAGAGAAACUGUCCAAAGUAUCUCGCCGAGCUAAAAGAGAAAAAGAAAGAUGCUUGAGUCCGCAAAGUAGUUGGAGCAAGGAGAGAUGACUAUGAGAGUGGGAAGUGGAGCGCUUGUUUCAGCCAAAGCAUGUGGAACAGUCCGU